AUGGCUUCAGGUGCUGCAAGUAGAACAGCUCCUAUAUUUCAAUUGGGUAAAUGUCUUGCAGUACCGAUGGAAUUACAUGCUACCAAUCGGAAGCGUCUUUGCGAUCGUGUUCGUAGCAAACUGUCCGAAGGUGCUACUGGUGAAUCACCAACAACAAAUUUCCAUGGUAUAUUUAUUGUACUACAAGGUGGGACAGAUACCUAUUUGGGGGAUUCGGAUGCCGCCAAUGUAUUCCGGCAGGAGUCAUUCUUUCACUGGGCAUUCGGUGGUCUUGAACCAGAUUGUUAUGGGACAAUUGAACUUGUGACUGGACGUUCUGCCCUGUUCAUCCCAAAAAUACCGGAAGAAGCUGCUAUAUAUGACGGUGAAUUGGCAUCACUUGAACAGUUCACAAAGAAAUAUGGUGUCGAUGAAACAUAUUUUACUGACGAGAUCGCUUCACGUUUGAGUCAAUGGAAUGCUGCCGUUUUGUUAAUAUUAAGUGGAAUGAAUACAGACAGUAAUCGUCCAACAUUGGAGGCUAAAUUUGAUGGUAUUCAAAAAUUCCUGAUAAAUAGAACCAUCCUUCAUCACGAGAUUGUUUCAUGUCGCCUUAUCAAAACUAAACUGGAACUGGAUGUUAUUCGCUAUACCAAUCGUAUUAGCAGUGCUGCACAUCGAUAUUUAAUGCGUUCGGUGAAACCUGGAAUGUAUCAAUAUCAAGCAGAAACUGUUCAGUUUUUCAAAACAAAUUUACUAAAGCAUCAUCGUCAAGUUAAAAUUGCUGAACUUGUGCCAGUUCAACGACCGAUUGGAAUGUUCUAA